AUGUACUUCAAUGAUCCAGAAAAAGAUGCGAAUGCUCCAAAGACAUAUUAUAUGGAUGAAGUGGUGGCAUGUUUCAAAAGGACAUUUAUGCAAGCUCGCGAAGAUAGUCCCUUUGAAAGCAUCGAUGAAUCCAUGGCUAAAUUCAAAGGUCGUUCUAGCCUAAAGCAGUAUUUACCCCUAAAGCCAAUAAAACGGGGAAUCAAAGUGUGGGAGAGAUGUGAUGCUGCUACGGGCUACACCUAUGACUUCAAUAUAUAUUCUGGCAAAGGCAUGGAUAAUACAGAUCAUGAGGGUACAAUACUUGGAGAAAGAGUUGUUCUAAAACUUUCCUCCUCAACAAUACGUAACCCAGAUGUUACACUUACAUUUGAUAGAUUUUUUACAAGUGUAAACUUAUUGGAUAACAUAUCCUUUCCUUCUGUUGGUACUUGUAUUUCUCGUAGAAAAGACAUGCCAAAAUUCUCUGACGAAAAACUUCAAAAAGGUUGA